GUUUGUCCUUUUUGUUUUUUCUUUGGAAAAAUAUAUAAUAUUGAAUUGACAAAAAUUACAUAUAUUUAGGCGUUAAUAUAAAAAUUUUAUAUAAAAAUUAAAAAUCUAGUAGUCGUAGUAAAAUAUUCGAAAUGUUAUUCAAAAAUUACAUUAUUACAAUAUUGUAUUUAUUAAAUCGUAAUUUUAUAAAUGGCCAACAAAAUGAUGAGUCACAUAGUGUUUAUAAAAGAAUGGAUUUAGAAUCAUGUUUAGCACAAUUUGAUAUUCAUGGAAAUAUGAUUAUUAGAACUGAAGAAUCAUUAGCAAUUGGUGGAAAAUAUUUACAAGGAAUGCCACUUGAAACUGUUGAAGAAUGUCGCCGAUUAUGUUGUGAAACAGAAUUUUGUGAUGUUUUCGUUUUCGAAGAGAAAGCUGAAGAAUACUGUUAUUUAUUUGAAUGUGGUCGUCCAGAAAAUUUUCGCUGCAAGUUUACAAAACAUGGUAAUUUCACUAGUGCUGUUCUAACACCUAUUACAUAUAUGACACCUCCUACAACAACGACAACAACAACAACAACACAAUCACCACCUCUUCCACCACCACCACCACCGCCACAAAUUAUUGUUUCAAAAUUGAAUAUAUCGAUGCCACCAUCAAAACAAGAAAUGGAAUUAAAAAAUCUUAAACAAAAAUUAGAUAUACAAACGAAAAAAAAUGCUGAUAGACUAGCACCAGUGCCAUCAACUGUAACUCUUUCUACAACAGUUAAAACAUCAACAAUUCCAACUCAAACAACAUGUGGACGUUUCCAAUUUCAAUGUCAUUCUGGUGAAUGUAUAGGAAUUUAUAAUGCAUGCAAUGGUAUACCACAAUGUCAAGAUGGUAGUGAUGAAGGACCUGAAUGUUCUGACCCAGCAAAUAACAACAUGAACAAUAAUAUAAAACCGAAUUCAUAUAUUAGAAUGUUAUCAAACAAUCCAAUUGAUAUAAAUGAUCCUACUCUAAAUAAAUCACCUACCCAAUCAAAUGGAAUUCAACAAUUACCAUCAGAAAGUUAUCAACAACAAAGACAAUCGCAACAACAGCAAAUUAUACAAGGAUCACAAAUUUUGAAUAGAGAUGAUACAAUAUCUGGACCAAAUAUAAUGUGGCCUAGUCGAAAAAUUCCAUCAGAACAACAAAUAAAUAUGAAAACAAAUAGUGAAAUCUUUAGGCAUAAAGCUGGAUUACAAAUACCAUCAAAUAAUAUUGCAUCAUUUCCAAAUCAAAACCCUAAUUCUCCUUCUAUAAUUUAUAAUGGAAUACCAAAUCAAAGAGGAAUUUAUGUUCCACAAGAAAUUCAAAAUGCAUAUAGAAAUGGAAUUAUUCAACCACAAGAUCAUAUAAUUCUACCAAACAUGAAUUGGCCUCAACAAGAACCUUUACAACCUUUACCAGUACCAGAAAAUCCUUAUAAUUCAGUUAAUUUGAAUAUUCAACAGCAACAAUUACAACAACAGCAACCAAAACUUCAAUCACCUACACUUGUUAAAAUUACUCAAGAGACAAUUGAUCCAUCAGUUUCCGUUCAAAUAACACCUGGAAAUAUACCAUCACCUCCAGCUAGUGAUAAUAAUUCAAAUAUACAAGACGGCAAUAUAAACUCUAUUAAAAGUCAAAAUGAUGACAAAUCAAUAAAAAAUAAAGAAGAGACAAAGAAAAAUUCUGAAGAGUAUGCAGAUUAUACGGAAAAUUCCACGGAACCUCCUAAAAAGAAACAUAAACAUAAAAAAGGUGAAAAAGAUUCUGAAAAACAAUUAAAUAAAUCUGAAAAAGAACAUUCUGAUAUUCAUCAAAUUGCCGAAGUAAAAGUACCAUAUCAUGCUGGUUAUAAAAUGGAAAUGGAAUUUGUAGAUCAUGAUGGAUAUUCAGAAAGGCCAGGUGGAGCAGUUUUGUCUUUAACCUUAGGAGUUUUAGUUACCGCAGCCUUAGCUGUAUUAAUUGGAUGUCGAUUACGAACUGUUGGCCGAAGAGUUAGAAGAUUAGGAAAAGCACCAUACGGAACUGAAGCUGAUUAUUUAGUAAAUGGAAUGUAUCUAUAAUAUAACGACAGAAGAAUUAUAAUAAAAAUUAAUUGUUAAGAGAUAAAAUUUUGUUUUUCAUAGCAUAUUAGUGCUAAGAAAAAAUAAAUUUUAUUGGUACUCACUUAGUAAUAGCAUAAGAUGAGAAUAUAAAAUGGAGAAGAAUUUUUAUACAGUGGUAGUUCUGAGUUAUAUAUUGUACAUUAUUGG